AUGGCAAAGGGGCCAUUGGAAAACAAGCUCCAAUUUGAGAAAAAGAACAAGGAUCUUAUCAAACUCCCAAAAUAUGCCAAAGUAGAGAAGCGCCCUAUACCUCAUGCACCAGUUGCAUCCCCAUAUGCUGGUGCCUCGGUGCCCAAGAUCGUCUACAUCUCCAAGAGCACGCCAUUUAUGAGUGCCGUCAAGCGCGUCCAGAAACUCCUCCUGCAGGCUGAGAAGCGCGCCACCGGAAACAUCAAUCUUGAGGAUACGCGUAAGAGCGAGAAACAGAUACUCGAGGAGCUGUCGAAGGUAUCAGAGAAGCGAGAGGAAGUUUUUGUGAAGGCGACAGGACGGGCAAUUGAGAAGGCGCUGAACGUAGCCAAAUGGUUCGAAGAGAAGGGAACCGAGUACACAGUCCGUGUCAAUACAGGCAGUGUGAUUGUCGUGGAUGAUAUCGUUGAGGAUGAAGAAACGAAAGCAAAAGAGGAACAGAAACGACAACGGCUGGAAGAAGCCUCAACUGACCAGGGAGAUGCGGCUUCUAAGCCGGAAUCCAAGUCAGCUGCAAAGAAGAGGAAACGCCAGGCUGCUGCGGUAGAAGAUAACACCGAGCUCCCUGAGAGCCGGACGAGGUGGAUUAAAAUGGUCGAGGUCGCCGUCAGCCUCAAGUGA